AUGCGGUCGCGUCUCGUGCCCACCUACCCGCCGUUGGCCAGCUGUCCACUCGUCGUAGUGACAUCUAGUGACUCGGGCCAAGUCUCCACGUGGCAUCCGAGCCGAAGCGACCUUUUGACCCAGGAGCUCCUUCCCCCUUGCUGUCAUUCUCUUCUCGUACCUUCACCUGCCACGGCCGUGAUGAUCGACUCUAUCCAGGGCGGCUGCUACGCAGCGCUCAUUUCGCUCAUGCUCGCGUCUAAUUUCGUGCUCAUCCCCGUGCCUCUCCAGCUCAUUACGUCGGCCUCUGCCAUCGUUUACAUUGGCUCGACGCUCUCGCUGAGGCUUCAGCACGCGCGUGUCGCCAGUGGCGAGAAGAACGAGGAAGUCAUGAAGGCCGAGGACGCCUACAUGUUCCCGCUCAUGGGCUCAGGCGUGCUGCUGGGACUCUAUAUCCUCUUCAAGGUGUUCGACAAGGACCUUGUGAACCUCCUCCUGACGUCGUACUUUGCACUCAUUGGUGCCUAUAGCCUCACCGAGGCGUUUAGUCCACUGGUGCUCUCGCUACUGUUCAAAGGCAGCUCGAAGACGUACACGCGCGUUUUGAAAGUGCCGUUCUACGGCCCGUACAAGCUCGUGCUGUCGCAAGCUUGGAUGCUCACGUUCGUGUUGGCUUCCGUCUUUGCAGCAGCCUGGUUUCAAACCAAACACUACUUGCUGAACAACAUUUUCGGUGUCUCUCUGUCGAUCAAGGGGAUCGAAUCGCUCUCGCUCGGUACUUUCAAAGUGGGCGCGAUUUUGCUUUGUGGACUCUUUUUCUAUGACAUUUUCUGGGUCUUUGGCACGGAUGUCAUGGUCACGGUUGCAAUGUCGUUCGAUGCGCCGAUCAAACUGAUCUUCCCACGUGAGUUUGCCACUGAUACGGAGAAGCAGAAGAACUCGAUCUUGGGCCUCGGAGACAUUGUGAUUCCCGGUAUCUUUGUGGCACUGCUGCUGCGAUACGACGCACACCGUGCGAACGUAACUAGAAGCGACCAGUCGUUUCCCAAGCCGUUUUUCCACGUGAACAUGCUGUGUUAUGUGCUGGGUCUAGUGGCUACAGUUGCGGUCAUGUACUUCUUUGAUGCAGCACAGCCAGCACUGCUGUACCUUGUGCCGGCGUGUCUGGGCUCAGCGCUGAUUACUGCGUUCGUUCGUGGCGAGUUUAAGGAGCUGUUUGAGUACUCGGAGGAGGAAGAAGAGGAGGAGAAGAGCGACAGUGUGAAGGACAAGGAAGAAGACGACGAAGAGGAGACUAAAAAGUCCAAGUAG